AUGCCUCCAUCGGUGAAGAAGCAAACUGGAGACAUUAUGGCAAUGACUGGAGCAUCUCGUAGCACUUGUCGUGCAACCUCUCGAAAGAAAUCCAGAAGCCCACAGAUAACAUGGUUCAAGGAUGAUAAGGAAUUGAUAACAUCAUCGUCGAAAUAUCAGACGCGCUACUCUGAUGGCCUCAGUGAACUGACCAUAAGGAAUAUCGAGGAAUCGGAUGCUGGACGAUACAGUUGCCGAGGCGACGAAAACGAACUCGGCUCCAUCACUACCAGAGCGAAUUUGACAGUUGGAAAGAGAAAGGCUGACACUUCACCAGCUGAACUUUCUAGGGGAAGGAGCACCAAGAUCACACUUGAAGGAGAGGAGAUCGAAGGCUCCCCUCCCGCAUUCCAUCAUCAGCUGGUCGACUGCUCUGUUGAAACUAGGCGAACAGAAGAUUCUUUGUGUAACGAAUACUACCCUGCCGGAGCCGUCCGUUGA